AUGUGGCUGUACCUGGCGGUCCUCGUGGGCCUGUACUACCUCCUGCGCUGGUACCGGGAGAGACAGGUGGUGAGCCACCUCCGGGACAAGUUUGUCUUCAUCACGGGCUGUGACUCAGGCUUCGGGAACCUCCUGGCCAGGCAGCUGGACCUACGAGGCUUGAGGCUUUUGGCUGAGUGUCUGACAGAGCAGGGGGCCGAGCAGCUGAGGAACCAGACGUCAGACAGGCUGCAGACGGUGAUCCUGGAUGUCAUCAAGACAGAGAGCAUCGCUGCGACCACCAAGUGGGUGAAGGAAGAUGUGGGGGACAGAGGCCUCUGGGGUUUGGUGAACAAUGCUGGCAUCCUUCUGCCUGCUGCCCCGAAUGAAUGGCUGACCAAAGAUGACUUCUCCAAGAUCUUGAAUGUGAACUUGAUUGGCCUCAUCGAGGUGACACUGAGCUUUCUUCCCCUGAUCAGAAAGACCAGGGGAAGAGUAGUCAAUGUUUCUAGUCCAGCUAGGAGAGUAUCCCUGUUUGGCGGUGGCUACUGCAUUUCUAAGUAGGGGGUAGAAGCUUUAUCCUACAGUCUGAGAAGGGACCUCAGUCAUUUUGGCAUUCGUGUUGUUCUCAUAGUACCUGGAAAGUACAAAACAUCCAUUUUCCCUGACAAUAUGCAGGAUAUUCUCGAGGGGAUCUGGAGUCAAGUGUCCCCAGAGGUGAAAGAGAGCUAUGGACAGAAGUACUUUGAAGACUAUUGCCAGUAUUUUCAUGGCCUCAUUGCUAAAGGAAAGGAGAAUCUGAGCCCGGUCGCCAGCUGCAUGGAGCACAACCUGACUGCUGUUCACCCUCGUAUCUGCUACUCUAUUGACUGGGACAGCAAAUGCUUCACUUUUGUUCUGUCUUAUUUACCAACAUCUGUGGCAGACUUUAUCCUUUGUCAUAUUUUAUAG